AUUACAUGAAAGGAGGCUUAUUCAACAUUUACAAGAUGGAGGAGAAAUCAAUAAAGGCAGAUAAAAUAUCAAAGAAUAAGGAAGAAAACAUCGAGAAGUCCUCAAGUAAUACACAAGAUUUCAGAUCACUGGACAAAGGAUGGUCUUGGGUAAUAAUGUUGACAAGUUUUGGUACACUUUGCCUGAUUGGUGCGAAUGUAUAUGGUGUGGGAAUAAUGCAUGAUGUUCUACUAGAAAGAUACAACGAAAGUGUUUCACUUACAAGUUGGGCAGGUUCAAUACACACAGCAUUAACAAAUCUUGCAGCGCCAUUAUCCAGCUUUGUCGCGGAUAGAUUCAGCUGCCGAACAGCCGUCAUGUUAUCAGGAAUACUGUUUGCUGUUGGAUAUUUGGGAACAGCGUUUGCACCUAAUGUUCAAACGGCUAUCUUCACUUUGGGCAUUGUUGCUGGAAGCGGUGCUGGUCUUGGCACUACAGCUAGUAUGCUUGUGAUUGGAUAUAAUUUCAAAAGGAAACGUAACAUUGCGUUAGGGUUUGUAUGCUCCGGAAUGGGUGCUGGCUUAUUCGCACUUGCAUCGUUGAUGCAUCUUGCACGUGAAUAUUAUGGAAGUACAGGAUUUUUUAUUGUACAAGCGGCAAUGUCAUUAAACAUUGUAGUCUUUGGAGCGACGUAUUUUCCUAGUAAACUUGAGAAACAUGCACAGGAAAUGCGCAUUUUUAACAAUGUAGAUGCAUUGCCAAAUGGAAACACAAACCUACGAUUCAUAGAAGUUUAUAAGCAAUAUUUUAAAGCUUUGAACAACAAACCUAUUUUUCUGUUAAGUUUUGGAAUGUUUUUUUACUGUGUCGGAACUCAUCUGAUUUAUUUACAUCUUCCUGUUUAUAUCGUGCAUAAAGGAUUUUCAAAAACUCAGGCAUCAUAUAUGGUGUCGCUCAAAGGGAUUUUUGCUGUCAUUGGUCGUCUUUUAACUGGAUUCGUCGCAAGUCUUCAUAAAUCUGUAGACAUUUGGUUGUACUCUGGUUCGUUCCUUGUUCUUUCAGUGGCAACAAUUGUAUAUCCACAUAUUUCAAAUACACUAGCUGGAAAUAUAGGCUAUGCAGUAGUUCUUGGACUUUUUUUUGGCAGCUGUUACGUUCUUAUAACAUCAGUUAAUUUAUCUUUCGUUGACAUUAAACACGUAUCUGCAGCACUCGCUUUCGAAUUCUUUGUCGGAGGAAUUGGUUCCUUGCUUGGACCCGAGUUUGCUGGUUUACUGAUAGACAGUGGUGGUACAUACGAACAGGCGAUGACUUUUGCCGGCGGAUGCCUUUUUAUAGCUGCCUUUUCAAGCAUCCUAACAAAGUGUUUUCAUGUAGAUUCUAAAACAGGGGAAAACAAAAUAAUAUGGAAAUUUACAAGAAGAAAAGAGAUGAGAGAAACGUGAGAUAUUUUUAACAGUCGAGCAGAAGAAAUCAAUGAAAAACAUCUUCUGUAAUAUGCUGCAAGUGAACAAUUGAAUAAAUAAAUGAUUUUGUUUUUGAUGCUUAAAGCAGAUUUUAACGGUCAUAAAAAUUGUGUUCAUUAAACUAUACAGUCAAAUGUUUUUCUAGUUUACAACUGAAUUCAAUUAUAUAUGACCCACAAUAUUCCCGUUUCCUGAUCUACAUAAUUCAUGUAUAAAAUAUGAUUUUAUGAUUUUAAGUAUUUGUGAUACUUAGCUUAGAGACAAAUUGGUACACAAUAGACUGUGAGGGAGUCUUAUUAAGUGAGCAAAGUGAAUUAAAUUAAAGUGCGUUAGACAGGGCCUCUCAAUGGUUCGACUUCAAAUAUAUAAUUGUAUAAAUGUACCAGCUUUCAGAUCUUUAGUAAUUCACAAGCGUAGACAAAAACUUAUAAGAACACGAAGUGUAAUCAUCACAGUAGAUUGUAUUAUAUGUCCAAAAUUAUGCACAUCUCUGAUCAGUAAAUAUAAAAGCUGUGAACAGUUAUGUUAAUUCUUAAAACAACGUUUGUCUUAAGAUGUUCUAAACUUUCAAAAUAAAAAAUAAAAAAAUGGUGAAAACAGGUCAAUUUGGUCAUGUAACUUACUCAUAACCUUUUUUAAAAAAGAA